AUGGCCCCCUCAGCUGUCGAAACGCCCGCGCCCGUCCCCGUCGGCGACAAGCAAAAGACGCACACGGUCACGUUGCCGAUCCGCCAGCCGCUCAAGGCGUCCGGAGCGCUGGACAAGUACGCAUCGGAAGACCUCACGCCGGUGAUUGGGACCGAGUUCCCGACGGCGAAUCUGGUGGAAUGGCUGCAGUCGCCCAACGCGGACGAGCUGCUUCGCGACCUGGCCAUCAAGAUAUCCGAACGAGGCGUCGUCUUCUUCCGCAGCCAGGACAACCUGACCAACGAACUCCAAAAACAGCUGAUCCAGCGACUGGGCGAGCUGACAGACAAGCCGGCGACGUCCAAGCUGCACAUCCACCCGAUCCUCAACUCGGAGCGCGAGCUGGGCGGCGACGACCCGGAAAUCAGCACCAUCAGCUCGGUGCAGCACGACAAGAUCUACAAGAAGACCGUGUAUGAUUUGAGCGCCAAGCAGCAGAGCAGCGCCUCGUGGCACAGCGACAUUGCCUUUGAGCCCGUACCGGCGGAUUAUACGUCGUUGAGGCUGGUUGAGUUGCCACGAACGGGAGGAGACACGCUCUGGGCAUCCGGCUACGAAAUCUACGACCGCAUAAGCGAACCGUACCAGAAAUUCCUUGAAGGCCUGACCGCCACGUUCGCCCAGCCCGGCUUCAAGGAAGUCGCCGAGCGCCAGGGCUUCCAACUAUACAACAAAGAGCGCGGGGCUCCCGAGAACGUCGGCGACGAGCUCAAGGCCGUCCACCCGGUCGUGCGUACCAACCCGGUCACCGGGUGGAAGAGCAUCUUCCCCGUCGGCGGCCACGUGCGCCACAUCAACGGCCUGACCGAGCAGGAGAGCCGGCAUCUGCUGGACUGGUUCGUCGAUCUGGUCUACAAGAACCACGACCUGCAGGUGCGGUUUAAGUGGAAGAAUGCGAAUGAUAUUGCCAUCUGGGAUAACCGUAGCGUCUUCCACUCCGCCACCUACGACUAUAAGGGCCAGGGUCCUCGGUUUGGAAACCGCGCCGUCGGCCUGGGCGAAAGACCCUACUUCGACCCAAAUAGUACUUCGAGAAGAGCCGCUCUGGGCCAGGUCGCUGUUGGGGAAUAG